CCUUGUGUUUUACUCAUACGCAUGCGCAGUCGUUACAGAACGUGUGUUAUGUUUUGGUAACUGCGCCGUCAGAGUAUCUUUAGCUUGCAUAAUCCACAAGAUCGCAGUUUCUGGAACUCAAAGCAUCGCUACAACAUGUCGGGGGCGACCCAGCUGGAAAACGCCAACCCGGUCAUAUUCGAGCGGUCCGGCGAGAGGCUGCUGACGGCCGCCGACGAGGAUGAAGACGUCCACGACCCCAUCGACGACAGGGAAAUCUUUGAUCUGAUCCGAUCGAUCAACGAUCCCGAACAUCCGCUUUCUCUGGAGGAGCUCAACGUGGUGGAGCAAUUCAGAGUCAAAGUGAACGACGCCGACAGCAACGUGGACGUGGCGUUCACGCCCACCAUCCCCCACUGCAGCAUGGCCACCCUCAUCGGCCUGUCAAUCAAAGUCAAGCUGCUGCGCUCGCUGCCCGACCGCUUUAAGAUCGACGUGCACAUCACGCCCGGGACGCACGCCUCCGAGGACGCCGUGAACAAGCAGCUGGCCGACAAAGAGCGGGUGGCGGCCGCGCUGGAGAACUCGUCGCUGCUGGAGGUGGUCAACCAGUGUUUGUCCUCCAGGAGCAUCUGAGAAACGUCGCCGACGCCGUUAAAAACGCGGCGAGGAUCCGCGUUUGACUCGCGGCCGCUUCAUUAGGUACACCUGCACAAUCUAUUAGCGGCUAAGUCAAAUCAAAAUGAAAAACGAUAAUUCUAUGUUGAAAUAAAAAAUACUUUUUUAAAGCAUUAUCCAAAUAUUUCCACCCCCAUAACAGAUGUGCCAGUCUACCUAAUUUUGUUUCAAAGGUUAUUUUUCCACCGUAACCUGCAGACAGAACCUCUGGAAGAUGUAUUUAAUAUUCACUUGAAAAUGUAGUAUUAAAAUAUUCAGUUUUAUC